AUGGAUAACUAACUUAAAUCCAAAUCUACCACUAAUCUGAUCAUCAGAGAUAACUUAGAUUUCAAAAGACCUUAAAUUCCUUCACUGAACCUACCAAAGUUGCAAAACAAUCUCUUCCAAUCAGGUCAGCUCUCAAACAGAUAUAACUAGGGAAGUUAGCUAACUAAAUCAGUAUCAAAUGCAACUAUCCAAAAUGAUUCUACCAAGCCAAUUAAGCCAUUACAGCUACGAUAAAGUAUCGAAGUAGAGUACACUAUGAAGAGAUUUCACCCUCCAGGAUUCAGCACCUCUAGAAAUACAUUUACUUAAAGUUAAACUGCUUAGGUUCAUUUUUAGACAUAAUACUAGCAAAACCAUGAUAAAAAGCAAAACACCUUGGCUGAUUCUAUAGCGAAGUAUAAACUAAUUCUUCCCAGAAUAAACAAUAGCUCAUUUCUAUAAAAUUCAAACUCGGAAUAAGAAAGUGCAUUGCAGAGUUACAGAGUAAGUGGCAUGUUUAAAGAAAAUACAAUGAAUAAAGCUGACCAUGACAAGCAAAAGUUUGAUUAUCAAAAGUAAAGAUUAAAAGAUCUACUUGAGAGAUAGAAAAGCCACAUGAAAAUGAAUUAAGAUAAAGUUAACAUGAUUAUACAGUUCCAUGAUUUGAAUUUAAUCAAGAAUGUGCCAAGUGACUAAAAGCUAAUGAAUAUGUCACUCCCAGAGCUAGAUGUGAAACUAAAAAAAUUGCAAAUUAACUAAAAAGUAUCUUGGGGUGUGCUUAAAAUACAGGGCGGCUGGAAAAUGCAUAAAACUAAGAAAGAUUAUAAAAGAUUGAGAAGACACAUGCUUGAAAUUAUCAUUCGCAUAUAGAGGAUAUUUAAGAGAUUUCUACUCAAAAAGGAGCAACUUCGACAUAAAUUUAUGAAUCAAAAAGUUAAUUCUAGUCUAUCAAUGGUUGAUAACAUUAGGGAGAGAGUUUAUGAAGAUGCAGUCAAGAAAAUAAUUUGCAGUUGGCGAGACAAAACUAUCCUCCAUGCUUAAGAAAGAAAAUAGAAUGCAUACAAGGCCUUCCUAUACAAGUCAAUUGAAAUAUACAAUAAGCAUAAAAAAAUACAACAAAAAAAAGUACUCCCAAGAUAUAUGCAAAAUUUAAAAAGAACUCAUGCUCCAGGAGGUCCUUAAGUUAAUGCUUAAAAUACCAGUAGCAUUUCUCAUAAAUAAGUUACUGUUCAAAAUAAUAAAGCGCAAUAAAAGGCACCAGUAGUUUAAGUAAACAGCAGCAAUUUACCAGUCAAUAAUUCAAAUUAAAAGUAAAGCCUUAAUAAAAAACCCAUGGAGAAGACGAAAACUAAUGCAGGAAUUGAACCAUUGACUUUAAAAGAUACUUAAACCAAUUAGAAUUAACAAAAAUAAAAUAUUCAAGAAUAGCAAUUGUAUUUGAAUAUUUCUAAAUCACCGAAUAGAAAGAAAAGAUUCACAGUUACUGGUUCUAUAAUUAUUGAAAAAACCUCAUCAAGAGAAACUAGUGUCCAUAGAUAAACAACUUUAGCUAAUGACCAUAUAUAGAAUGUCUUAGAGUAAGUAGACGGAGGUUCAAGUCAAAAUGAUAAUGAAAGUCCUAGUACCUAAUCUGAUAUGAAAAAUUAGUUCGCUUUCUUUAUGACUUAAAAUAACCUAAGUUAGGAUGAUCCCUCGGAGCAAGGAGAUAAUUCUGGCAAGGAAUAUAUUGAUGUUCAAGAUAAUAAUGAUGAAUAGAAUAGAAUCCCGUUUUUACAAUAGAUUUAAAAUGAGGCUAAUAAAAAUAAAAGUAAAUUUUAUAAGACAACUGGUCAGUAAUCUUCAGGAACAAGUGACCUUACUAACGCCAUUGAAAGAUAGACUCUGAACAAUUUCGGAGCUAGUAACUAGAAAAAUCAAAAUACUUUAUCUUCACCUACUUUCUAAAAGAAAUUGACAUUAGCUAGUCCUAAGAAGGUGCAGACAUAGUAAUUGUAGUCUCCUUAAAAACUAUCCCCAUCAUAAUAAAUGCCUAUUAAGCCAUAGUUAGACGAAAUGCAAAAGAGUAUCGAUAAUGUUUAAUCUUUCAAAUCAUCACCAAAGAGAGGCCAUAGAAUGAGUGAAAGAAGAUUAUAAGGAUUUGAUGAAAUUUUGGAGAUGCAGAUUAAGCCAGAUUCAAAGCCAGAUCCAAACACAACUGACGACUAAAUAAUCACAGUAGAUAUGCAAAAGCUAGAGGAAUAAAUGUAAUUGAAGGAUGAAAAUUAGUUGACUAGUAAAAGUAAGAAAAGCCCUCAAACAUUAAAUAAAGGAUUUUAACAUUAGUAAAAUGAUGAUGAUUUAAUAAAUUGGAAUACUCUUGAUGACAAAUAAUAGAAAACCCAAAAUAAGUCUCCAAAAUCUAAAAAGGUAAAGAUUAAGAAAAACCCCUCUAAAAAGAAAGUAGAUAAGGCAUUAUAUGAUAAGGAUGAAAUAUUCGGAGAAGCAGCUAAUAUUUGA